AAAUGCUUAACCGAGCCGGCUUAAUCGAGAGUCAGACCAAUGGCCGGUAUCAGGUGGCCCCGGACACACUUAGCUCACAAGCCAAGGUCCCUCGGGUAUGUCAGUCGGAAGAUACUAAUAACCGCUUGGCUGGCGUGUCUGCGACCUUGGUUAAGGGUGCUCCUUUACGUGAUCCCCGCAUUGCAUCAGUGCCUACCAGAGAUGAUUGUCCCACUGCAGCGGAGGUCGUUCCUUCGAACUACCACACCACAAAUUCAGUAUCAGAUGCAGGUACCGCGAAAGGUGCUUCCUCACAAGUUAGUUCACCCGGAGGUACUUACAGCCGAGUGAUUGUAUACCCUGCAUCUCCGGCCGCUGGGGUCAGAGUCAGUCAGCAACAUGCCAUGAUUACACCAAAAGGAACUAGGUGGGACUGCACUCCUACCACAGCGGCAGUUGUCUGCUCGAGUCCUCAAACAAUGCAGGUUGCAAGGGGAAUAAGUCGCGAGUUACAUGUGACAACGACCAAAGUUUCACUGGACGGAAGUACGACUUCCAGCUUGUUACCCGGGGAAAGUUGCGGGGUUGCGGACAUGAGCUUACAGGUGGCGCAUCCAGGAUUAUUUGAUGCCACUCGCAUAAUGUCAGCUGCUCCGGAACUCAAGGACACUACGUGCAUCUCGCUGAUCGGUUUGGGAAACCAACGCUGUGAAUCUCCCAAGGCUGACCUUGCAGGAAAUUCGAAAGGCAGCGUUGCUAGACCUUCUAAGUUAAAGAGAAAGAAGCAAGUUGGUCGUUUACGAAACAACUCAAAUCGGACGGAACCUGACAAGGUUUCUGCUCGUGUUGACCUACAAGAGCCUAAUCUUGACCCAGCAUUGCAGGCGGCGAACGAUAAUGACGCGGCGUCAAAAAACGGGUUGUCCCCUCGGGUGCUGCGCCCGAGGGGAAACAACCGCGUCAAGCAGGACUAAUUGUAUGGUAUACCAAUUGCUGCAGUGUGAGGAACAAAUGGGGAGAGAUGGUGAGGCGCUGCGGAUGUGCUGAUGUUGUUGCCUUGACAGAGACAUGGCUUUCUCCGAGCGACAUGGUUAGCGACCUGCUGGUAGAUUUCGUGAGUUACCGAGUAGAUAGGCCUGAUCACCACACUGGCGGGGGAGCACUAUUGCUUAUAAAGCGCCAGUAUAGUCAUUGGGAGGCUCCGUUUAUGAUGAGUAAUACGAACGUUCAAGUGGUGUCUUGUUACUUAAGGAUGAUGGGCAGGUUGGAGAUCUUUAUAUGUGUCUACCGCAGUCCAUCGUCCACACGAGAGGAGGACAAAGAGCUCGGUGCACUAUUGAGGCGCGCAGUGGUUGCUGCGCCUAAUUUCCUAAUAGUUGGUGAUCUUAACCUUCCUCAUGCGGAUUGGCAAGGCACGGCAAACAGAGCGGAUACCUUGGAACAGGAACUGGUUGACUGGAUGCAUGAGAAUGCACUUGAACAAUACAUCAAUAUACCGACCAGGAGCCGAAUCGGGAGUGCCCCCUCCACGUUGGAUGUUGCCAUCACCAAACACGGUCGUUUCGCAGAGCUACAAGUGGAAGCACCUUUAGGUAGGAGUGAUCACUGCGUCCUCACUUUCUGCCUAAAUACAUUGAAGCCUGCACGACAUCCUCGCCUCGUGAGAAAUUUCAGCCGCAUUGACCACAUGAAAUUGAGGGAUAGAGCCCUCCAGGUCAAUUGGAUCCCUGACCAGGAACAGGCAUCUUUGGAACAAAGGUGGUCUGUGCUUAAAACUGGUUUAGUACAACUAUUGAAUGAGUUUGCUCCUCUUCGUCCUGCGAGACACUUCAGCAAGCCUCGGUGGUGGAGGAGGAG